UGGACGGUAAUACGACAGUAGAAUCUUGCAUGCAGACGAACCAAAGUAUUUGCGAAGAGUCAGUUAAUAUUAUAAUAAGAAACUGCGACGGUUACAAUGUAUAUUAUCUACGACCCACACCAGCUAAUUCAGCAUAUUGCUUCGGAAGUGGACCAGUACACUGUCCAGCUAGUAUGUCUUCAGAAACGGAAUAUUAUCCAGGCUGUAGUUCUAAUUUUCCAACACCCAGCGUAUCUGUGGAGGUUGAAGCUCUUUUAACAGAAGGUGAAAUUAUCCAAAUACCUAACUUAGAUCCAAAGCCUAGCCUAAUUCCAAUCUUUAAGUGUGAAUUUGAUGACCAAUCCAACGGAACAUAUUUCUAUGACGUUUACUGGUUGAUUUGUGGGAAUGUUAUAAAGAAGAACACAAACUUGCUGUUCAAAGAUAUCACAAAUGCCAUUGUUCUAAAGGAAACGGAUUGGCAUGGUAAAUACAAGAUGAACAUGGAGGUCAAAUGUGCUAUCAGAAUGAGAAAUUCAAGAGGUUCAACACCAGGUCCAUAUCUGUAUACCAGUAUUUUUAGCGCAGGAUUGUAUCCGGACAGAUAUUAUUACACAGUAACUGAAGGUGAAUCUAUCAAUAUAACCUUUACAUCAACAGUUCCUGUGGGAUGCAUUUCAUCACAUCCAGAUUUAAGAUCUCAUUGUGAUCUCAAUUUUUACAUAUCCCGACCUAAUUAUGGCGAAUCAACUUGCGUUAAUAACGUGAUCAAAAGAGAUAUUGUCUUCAAAUCUAAAUCGUGUGGUAUCAGAUUGGGAAAUCUUUACUGGAUGGAAAAGAGAACCUUACAGGUGUAUGGAUAUAAUGACGGAAUGUAUAAUAUAAACAAUAGAUAUGCAUACAUAAGACUAUCAACGUCACCUGCAUAUAUUUCGACACCUAAUAAUAUCUGGAGAGAUGUGCAAAUAAGCCAAAUAAGGGUAGACGUAGUAGACAAAGAUUCUGUUCUGAAAAAUAGAUUAUGUCAGUCUUACAACGAUCCACAUUUCAGGACUUUUGAUGGAACAUACUAUGAUUAUAUGGGAAUCGGUGAAUUUGUAAUGUACAAAAAUGACCUUGGUCCUUAUAGGGUACAUGCAUUAUUUACAAGCUGUGUUUCCGGAUGGCUCGGUACUUCAUGUAUCUGUGGAAUAGCAAUACAGAGCAAAGAGUCAUUAUUUGUUCUACGUACAUGUGGAACGGUUUCAGACAGAGAAAAAUAUUUGCUUCAACAACCUAUUGUCUCACUGACAUCUUGCGACAAAUCAGAUAUGGCUAUCGAAAACACAAAUAAUAAUUACAAGAUUAUUUUGCCAAUUGCAACAGAAAUACAAUUUUCCAUAGCGAGGCGAUUUAUUAGUGUGAUUUCUAUAAAGCCGUCUGUGAAAGAUAUUAAUACUGCAAAAGGUCUGUGUGGAGUUCCUAGUACAUCAAAAGAUCCAUCAGAUGACUUCACCCACCGUGAAAAAGGACCAAUCAAUAAUUAUAAGAGCUUUGCAGAUUCUUGGAAGAUAUCAAACACGUCUGAUGAACAACUGUUUGUUGAGGAGCCGGAAUUUCUAAAAAAAAUCAACGUUGAGAAUAAUUCGAUUGUCACUGUUAGCAACAAUAAAACCAACCCUAGCUUAGCUACAUUUUGUUCAUGUGAACAACAAGCUGGCAGUACAGAAUCACUAGAUGACAUUAACAGCAUAAAUUGCAACUUGACAGACAGCCGUGAGGAAUGUUUAGACUCAUCAAGUUCAUCCGGCUUAUAUGUUCAAUACGAAUCUUGCUCACAGCCUCUACGGAGAAGACGAUCAGUACAGUUUCCUCAUAAGAUAAGUAAACGAAGUUUAGGUAAUGAUGAUGACGUGGUAGAUUUUCAACCGUUAACAUACAGUGAAGAAGUAAAUGAGACAGACACUGAGCCACCAGCAACUUUUCGAAAUGGUUGGACAUCAGAUAGAGCAUAUAACAUAUGUUUUAACAGCAUAAACAACGCAUUACAAAAUGAUAUGUACAAGGCUUAUGUUGACGUACCUGUCGACAAGUUCAUAGAAGCGUGUGUAAAGGAUAUAGAAGUUGCUGGCGACACAACGUUUCUUACAGACACAAUAAAUACCAUGGUAACUAGCAUAAUGACAGAGCUUGUAAAAACUGAAUCUCUGUAUACACAAAAAUCUAGUGAUGGAUCACAGACUUUGUUAGAAUAUUUUGCUAGUGCAUUAUGUCUAAACAACUGCAGUGAUAACGGAAUUUGUAAAUCGGGGGUUUGCAUAUGUGACAACGGACAUUUGGGUGAAGAUUGCUCUUAUACCACUUCAUCACCACCGACUGAUAUCAGUCUUCCUUUUAAUGGUGAAUGUAAACUAUCAACUCGUUUAUGUGAAGCAAUGAAUGUAUUUGGAGACUUUCUAACUACCUCUGUAUGGUGUAAGCGGAAACAUUUUCAGAUUUUAGAAAAUGGUCUGCUGUACACACAAAGCGAAGAACUUGUUUUAGCUGAAUACAGAAACCCAUUCAUGAUAACUCUCAAUCUGCCGGCGUCGAGGAAGAAAAGAUCCGUGGACAACAAAGUUCUCUCAGAGGGUUAUGACAUCAGCUUUUCCUACGAUGGCCAGAAUUUUGGGAAGAAAACCAGUAUCAUCAUUUACGAUGAUCUCAAGUAUUCAUGUAAUACAACGGCAAAAACGUGUAUUUUGUUGAUUGUGGAAGAAUCAGCAAAACAGGUAGAAACCAAAAGAGUUAGAAUAGUUGGAUAG